AUGAACGGCGAGGAGCAGUACUACGCAGCCACGCAGCUUUACAAGGACCCGUGCGCAUUCCAGCUGGGCCCGGCGCCGGAGUUCAGCGCUAGCCCCCCUGCGUGCCUGUACAUGGGCCGCCAGCCACCACCGCCGCCACCGCCCCCGUUCCCCUGCGCCCUGGGCGCGCUGGAGCAAGGCAGUCCGCCGGAUAUCUCCCCGUACGAGGUGCCUCCCCUCGCCGAAGACCCCGCGGUGGCGCACCUUCACCACCUCCCUGCUCAGCUCGCGCUUCCCCACCCGCCCGCCGGACCCUUCCGGGACGGAGCCGAGCCCAGUGCCCUGGAGGAGCCCAGCCGCGUCCAGCUGCCUUUCCCGUGGAUGAAGUCUACCAAAGCUCACGCGUGGAAAGGCCAGUGGGCAGAAGCCGGUGAGCUCCCAGCACCGUCCCCAGACAGCCGAGGCCUAGCCAAGCUCAGGGAUUCAGGGCCAGUGGAGACCCAGGAAAUGGAGCUGCCUCCCAGGGAGCAGGACGCCUCCAAUGACCAGGGACGCCGCUUCGGCUUCUGGCACCUCCGCUCCGCCUGGGGAGAAACCCGGGCGGGUUUCAUCGUGAAAGGCUCCUCCGUGCUUUCGCGUGACGCGCUGUUGCCCCGGCCGCCGCCGCCUCCCCCCGGGGGUGCUGCGCCGCCAGCUGCUCCCGCCGCCGCCCGAGAGGGCCGCCUGCCGCCCGGCCUUAGCGCGUCCCCACAGCCCUCCAGCGUCGCAGCCAGGCGGCCGCAGGAACCCCGGUGAGGGACAGGGGCUGCUCCCUGCUGGGCGGCUUCGACCGCUCUCGGAAGAAGGGGAGCGGGCCUAGGACCCCAGGUGUGGACGACUGGCCCUGGCAGUUGGAUGGGGCAGGGACUGUGGGCCCCCCCCCUAGACGGGAGGGGAGAACCUGCUCUCCCAGGCGCACGUGCCAAUUGAGGCGCCUCAAGGAGAUACUGGCAGACCUUCCGGAAGGAGAAGGGACACUGGUUUCUGUCAUAUUGGGGCCUCUUCUGGAUACCAUUGCAUUGGCGAUGUCUGCCGCCCUUGCGCGUCCCCACCUCCAGCACUCCGCCAUGAGACCU